AGUCUCAAAUCACAGCUCCGCCGAAAACUUCACACUUCAGGGGGGCGAGCUAUGGCGGUCCCCUUCUCCGCUCGCCAUUCCUUCGCUCUACACCGCCCAAUUCGUCCCCGCUUCACAAAGCCCUGCAAACAUUUGCCAUUCUUUCUCUCCCCGUGCGCCCCAUCCUCCUCCGUAGCUCCUAACUGUUCCGAACCGGAAGUUUUAGCUCCACCUCCGUCUAACCCUCCCACCAAAUGGGAACCCUUCAGAAAAAAGAAAGUCGUUAUGCGGGUCGGGUACGUCGGCUCCGAUUAUCGCGGACUUCAAAAGCAAAGAGAUGAGAAUGGACUGUCUACCAUUGAAGGUGAAUUGGAAAAGGCUAUCUUCAAGGCAGGUGGUAUUAAAGAUAGUAACUUUGGGGAUUUGUACAGAAUUGGCUGGGCAAGAAGUAGCCGAACUGAUAAAGGAGUGCAUUCAUUGGCUACUAUUAUAUCCUUGAAAAUGGAAAUCCCGGAGAAUGCAUGGAAAGAUGACCCCAAUGGUAUGGGUCUUGCAGCCUAUGUGGAUUCUCAUCUCCCACAGAACAUCAGAGUGUUUAGCAUUCUGCCAUUACAAAAGUCAUUUGAUGCUAGAAAGGAGUGUAAUGUCCGCCGAUAUUCUUACCUCCUCCCUGCUGAAAUUAUUGGGAUAAAUAAUGACUCGACCUCAUCUGAAAUUGACUGUCACUUAUCAGAUUUUAACAAUAUAUUAAACGCCUUUGAGGGAGAACAUCCAUUCCACAACUAUACAAUGAGAUCCAGGUACAGGAAACAAUCUCCUGCUAGAAACAGAAGUAUAAAAGAUAAAAGAGGAACGCCAUCUGCAGAGGAAUCAUCCACUUCAGAAUCUGAGGAAAGCGACAGAGAUGAACCCUUUGCAGCAGAGGACAAUCUUAGAACGGUUCAGGAAAUGGUCGAAAACACUCCACCAGAAGCCCAUGAUUCCUCUAUAAACAAUGCAGAUGUACAUAAUCCUGUCCUGCCGAUCCGUGCAAGAUGGCUUUACGAAACAGAUGAGAGGGAUAAGCUCAGUUCUUCCCAUUUCAGAAGGAUUCUUCGCUGUCAUUGCGGAAAACUGGAACACAUGCUUCACAAGAACUAUGUGGAAAUCUCCAUCUGUGGAGAAUCAUUUAUGCUGCAUCAGAUACGCAAAAUGGUGGGGACAGCAGUGGCAGUGAAGCGCAACUUGCUGCCACGGGACAUCCUUAAACUGUCUCUCUGCAAGCACUCGCGCAUCGUCCUUCCACUGGCUCCAUCAGAAGUCUUGAUCUUGAAAGGGAACAGCUUCGCUUCAAGAACGCUUCCGGGCAGAGAAGCAAGAGCUGAAGUGUUGAGGCUGUUGGAAUGCGAAGACAUUCUGCGGGCGGUGGGUCAGUUUUACCAGUCCACAAUGCUGCCUCAGCUGUGUGGAUUCUUGGACCCUUUGGAGUCCCCAUGGAGGGAAUGGGUGGAGAGAUUGGACGCGAACGCGGGAAUACCGGAGUGCCAAUUGCAGGAAGUUAGGGAUGCAUUGAACCAUUGGAUGGGAAGCAGAAGUAAGCCCUGACUAGUUUUAAGUGAAAUGUGUUGCUUACAUUUCAAUUUAGUUCACCAUUGAAUUGAAAUGUGUUGCUUACAUUUAUUUAGAAGUGUCAAUGCAGUUAUCUUUCUUUUUUCACUUAAUUCUUCCAAUUAACGAUCUUCGAAUUGAACCUGUUGGGUUUAACUUAAAUCCAGUUUAAUCGAAAAUUGGUUUAAAUUUAAAAAAUAAAAAUUAUAUGCAUAAAUUAUUUACAAUUUC